AUGGAGAGCGCCAAGGUUCCCGUCAAGCUCGUCAAGGUCACCCGCGUCCUCGGCCGCACCGGCUCCCGUGGCGGUGUGACCCAGGUCCGCGUCGAGUUCAUGGACGACACCACCCGCAGCAUCAUCCGUAACGUCAAGGGCCCUGUCCGUGAGAACGACAUCCUCUGCCUUCUCGAGUCCGAGCGUGAGGCCAGGAGGCUCAGGUAA